AUGCGGUUGGUUUGUCAGAGAGUUGGCUCUUGUUCUUCAUGUUUGAAGAGAGAACUAAAUGGCUUCCUGGGAUUAAUUAAAUGGCAGAGAAGACUGGUUCCUGCUUGUGUCAGAACUAUUUACAGUGAGACGGGGAAAUGGGAAAAAAGCUAUGGGUUGGAGACAAGAAAAAGAGUUGAAAGUUGGUGGCUCCCAAGAAUAAAGGAUCAGUUCUGCAAAAUUUCAGAAACUGAUAAAUCAAGACCAAAAUUUUAUGUGCUUUCUAUGUUCCCAUAUCCUUCUGGAAAGCUUCACAUGGGCCAUGUUCGUGUCUACACCAUCAGUGAUGCAGUAGCUCGGUUCCAGAAAAUGAGAGGGAUGCAGGUAAUAAAUCCAAUGGGAUGGGACGCGUUUGGUUUACCAGCAGAAAAUGCUGCUGUUGAACAUGGGCUUCACCCUGCAAGCUGGACACAAAGUAAUAUUCAACACAUGAGGGAACAGUUUGAUGCACUAGGUCUGUCUUUUACAUGGGAAAGGGAAAUAACCACUUGCUUACCAGAGUACUACAAAUGGACACAAUAUCUCUUUCUUAAGCUUUUUGAAGCUGGGAUAGUGUAUCAAAAAGAGGCCUUGGUUAAUUGGGAUCCAGUGGAUCAGACUGUUCUAGCUAAUGAACAGGUGGACGACAAUGGUUGCUCAUGGCGUUCAGGAGCAAAAGUGGAACAGAAAUACCUCAGACAGUGGUUUAUCAAAACUACUGCUUAUGCAAAGGCUAUGUUUGAUGCUUUGUCCGAUCUCCCUGAGUGGUAUGGUAUAAAAGAAAUGCAAGCAAAUUGGAUAGGUGACUGUGUUGGAUGCUAUCUUGACUUCUCACUAAAGGUUAACGGUAAAGUAACAGAAGAGAAGCUAGCUGCUUACACCUAUACGCCUGAAGCCAUUUAUGGAGCUUCCCAUUUAUAUAUCUUACCGACUCACAGACUGCUGCAUGGGAAUAGCAGUCUCAAGAAAGUCUUUCAGAGGGAGUUCAGCCCAGGGAAAGACUCGCUUACUUCAGUGACAGCUGUGAAUUUGCUUACCCAUCAGGAGAUUCCUGUAGUCAUCUCAGCAAAAACUGAUUUUGAGAAUUUUCUCGAUACUAAAAUAGGAAUACCUAGUACAAGUGCAGAAGAUGCUGCAGUAGCUAAGAAUCUGGGCAUUUCUUUCACUGAAGUCACUGAAACAUUGCCAAAUGGUUUGGAGAAAGUAAUCAAUUCUGGGGAGAUCACAGGCAUGACUCGUCAGGAGGCUUUCAAAGCUAUUACCCAGCAGGCCAAAAAUAAAGGAAUAGGUGGAGACCUAACGAGUGAUAAAUUAAGAGACUGGUUAAUAUCUCGACAGCGGUACUGGGGAACACCUAUUCCUAUCAUUCACUGCCAGACAUGUGGCACUGUCCCCGUACCUUAUGAAGACUUACCUGUGGUGUUGCCCAAUGUAACCACCUUCACGGGAAAGGGAGCCUCACCUUUAGAAACUGCUCCAGAAUGGGUGAACUGUUCCUGUCCGAGGUGUAAGGCAGCAGCACGGCGGGAGAUCGAUACCAUGGAUACGUUUGUUGACUCCGCUUGGUACUACCUGAGGUACACCGACCCUCACAACGGGGACAGGCCCUUUAAUAAUGACUUAGCAGACUACUGGAUGCCUGUGGAUUUGUACAUCGGAGGAAAGGAGCAUGCAGUUAUGCACUUAUUCUAUGCGAGGUUUUUCAGCCAUUUUUGUCAUGACCUAAAGAUGACAAAACACAAGGAGCCUUUCCAUAAGCUCUUAGUUCAAGGUCUUAUCAAGAAUCAAACAUUCAGACGAACAACAGGCCAGUGUUUGAAGAGAGAGGAGGUUGAUCUCACUGGAACUGAACCAGUUUACCUAAAAACUGGUGAGAAGCUCCAAGUUGCUUGGGAAAAAAUGAGCAAAUCUAAGCACAAUGGAAUAGACCCUGAAGAAUUAGUGAAAGAGUAUGGCAUUGACACCCUACGUCUUUACAUUCUGUUUGCUGCUCCUCCAGAACAAGAUAUUUUGUGGGAUGCUAAAACUGAUGCUAUGCCAGGUGUUCAGAGAUGGCAGACGCGCCUCUGGACACUUGUAACCAAACUUAUUGAAGCACGGACUUCAGGAACCAUGCCCAAUCCUGGGCUUCUGAAUAAGAAAGAGAAGGCUGAAGCCAGAAAGAUCUGGGAUCAGAAGAAUCUGGUGAUAUCUGAGGUAACAGAGUACUUCACAAAGGAUCAUUUGUUCAAUGCAGCUAUUUCUCGAUUGAUGAGCCUCACUAACGUACUCCAUCAAGCUUCUCGGCCUCUUAUUCUCCACAGUGCAGAAUUUGAAGAUGCUUUGGCUACACUCUGCAUCAUGGUUGCACCUAUGGCUCCACACAUUGCAUCAGAGAUGUGGAAAGGUUUGGCACAUAUGCAGAAUAAACUUUGUGCGCAUCAUCACUGGGAUGUUGAUGUGCUGCAUCAGUCCUGGCCCAAAGUAGACCCAGAGUACCUUCAGCCAUCAGAUGAUGUGGAGAUGUCUGUUCUGAUCAAUAACAAAGCCUGUGGCAAGGUUUUAGUGCCUCAGCAAGCAGCCCGCAAUUUUGAAGAAGUCCACGAACUCGUUCUUCAAAGUGAACUUGGAGUCAAGCAUCUCCAGGGACGAACCAUUAAAAAGGCCUUUCUGUCUCCCAGAACUGCCCUGAUCAACUUCUUAGUGCAAGAAUAGCACAGGCUCUGCUGGGCAAAAGGGAACUGGAGUCUUUCGAGAUGAAACCAAUUCAAAAAUACCAGUUAUUGUUACUUAAAUUUCAUGUAGCAGUGGGGAAGAAAUGUUAUUAAAAUCAGGUUGCUGCUAAAUCUUCAUUUCAGCAUGGAGAAAUGCGCGGAAUUAAAGUUUUUUAUC